AUGCAACUAACAAAUAUCUGCCCACUUCUAAACCACCAUUCGUACCCCCAUUUUCUCAUAUAAUUCCCAAACUUUUGUGGAAACAAAAGAGUGGCAAGGAGAAACUAUACAGAAGAGAAUAAUGGAGUGUUGUGGGAGGCCUAACAGGAGUGACGCUCAUUUGUCAAAAGAAGAAGAAGCAAAGAUUGAGUCCGAGACAAGAGAAUACUUCGAUGGAGUAACGCCCAAGCGUCACACGAAACCUCAACGCAGCGAACAUGCGUCUCAAUAUGUCGAUGUUCUCUCUUUGGAUGAUAAACAAGAGCCUAUUCCUGAACUUGCUGAGUUCCGACGACUCGAAAAUGAUUCACAGCAGAAAUUGGUUGUCAAUGGAAGUGAGGUGAGUGAGGAAUUUGUGGAGACAGAUUACUACGAGGAUCUGAACUGCAUUGACAAGCAACACCACACAACAGGAACAGGGUUCAUCAAGGUACAAAACCCUAGCGACAGAGGUUACCGCCUUGAACCGGAUUCAGACACCAGCAUUCACGCCUCUUGCCAAGGCAACCCAGCAACUAACGACUGGGUACCAGAAGCUGCUAAUGCAGUACCUUUUGGUUCAGGCAAGCCAGGCAGAAGUGACAACUAGGGAGAAUGUGAAUUUCCAUCACCUUAUAAGAGAUCUGCUAAUUGCUGCAGAUUUCUCCCUGCAAUUUGUGACUUUGUAGACCCAUUGUUGUGGCCAAUAAGUUUAUGUUUAAUCACCUGUGUGCCAUGAAUUGAUGAGGGUAUGUAAUAAAGAGAGCUUUAUAUACUUCUUCCAGUUACAAGAGACUGGAAACAGCUGCUGAAUCUAUUCAUAUCAGAAAUUACUGCA